CCCCACAUAACUCAGAAACCACCAAAGAAAAAAAGGUUCAGAAACUAACACAUACUGACACUUCAACUUUCUCUUUAUAUCAUCAAUCUGAGUAUUUCUCCUCAUUUUUUCCUCACUCAAAAAUCUUUCCUUUUGAAUUCACUUUUUGACGUUAUUUUUAGUAGUACUCUUAGAUUUCACCAUUUCUGAACUUGCUAUUUUAGAUGUUCGAUCGAGUUGCAGAUAUUAUAACUCAGAUCGGAUUUAAUUUUAUUAAAAGACUAUUUAGUAGUCGAAUCAAGUCAUACUCGAUUUCUAUUUAUGGAAGUCAAUUUUGAAGGGCUAUAUUACUACCCACUCCGUAGUCCAUACCAUCAUUCAUUUCCAAUUCAAUCUUCUUGUUACACUUUUUUCUUCCCUUAUUUUUCAAACAAUUUCAAUCCAUAAUAUCAUAAAAAAUAUUGUAAAUUAAUACUUACCCACUUCAAUUGACUACCUUAAUUACAUUACCCAAUUCUUAAUUACAUUACCCAAUUCUUAAUUACAUCCUUUUCAAACUCUUAGAUUUUUUUUCUCCCCAAAAAUUACUCAAAAUCUCAAAAACUCAAAAAAUGGCGGAAACCAUCCAAACGCCGUCGUUUAAUCGUGUUCAGAUCCAACAACGACGUCUACCGGAUUUUCUCCAAAGUGUAAAUCUAAAAUACGUCAAACUUGGUUAUCACUACCUUAUGAGUCAUCUCCUUACUCUUUGUUUACUUCCAUUAAUGUCCGCCAUUUUUAUUCAAGUUUCUCAAAUGCAAUACGACGACGUCUUCUAUCUUUGGCUUCAACUCAAAUACAAUCUCCUUAGUAUCAUCACUUGUUGUACAAUCCUUGUAUUUGGAUCCACUGUCUACUUCAUGACCCGACCCAGAUCCGUUUACUUACUCGAUUUCUCAUUAUACCAUCCACCCAGCCAUUUACGGGUCAGAUUCAAGGAUUUUAUAGAACAUUCUAGAUUAACUGGAGAUUUCGAUGAAUCUUCACUUGAAUUUCAAAGGAAGAUUCUAGAACGUUCUGGAUUAGGCGAAGAAACAGUUGUUCCAGAAGCAAUGCAUUCAAUUCCUCCAAAACCAUCAAUGGAAGCUGCAAGAGAAGAAGCAGAACAAGUCAUGUUUGGUACAUUGGAAAAUCUUUUUAGUCAAACAAAAAUCAACCCAAAAGAAAUUGGUAUUUUAAUAGUAAAUUGCAGUUUAUUUAAUCCAACCCCAUCAUUAUCUUCAAUGAUAAUAAAUAAAUUUAAAUUUCGUGGGAAUAUUCAAUCAUAUAAUCUUGGUGGAAUGGGAUGUUCAGCAGGUGUUAUUGCAUUAAAUCUUGCUAAAGAUCUUUUACAAGUUCAUAGGAGUACUUAUGCAAUUGUUGUUAGUACUGAAAAUAUAACACAAAAUUGGUAUUUUGGGAAUAAAAAAUCAAUGCUUAUUCCCAAUUGUUUGUUUCGGGUUGGCGGGUCGGCGAUUCUGCUUUCGAAUAAAACGAAAGAGAAAUGCCGAGCCAAAUACCAGCUUGUUCAUGUUGUCCGCACGCACAGGGGUGCGAACGACAAGGCUUUUAGGUGUGUUUACCAAGAACAGGAUGAAAAAGGUAAAGUUGGUGUUUCUCUUUCUAAAGAUUUGAUGGCUAUAGCAGGGGAUGCACUUAAGACUAAUAUUACAACUCUUGGUCCUUUAGUACUUCCUAUAAGUGAACAAUUGCUAUUCUUUUUAACCCUAAUUGGAAGGAAAUUUUUAAAUGUGAAAGUGAAGCCUUAUAUUCCUGAUUUUAAAUUAGGGUUUGAGCAUUUUUGUAUUCAUGCUGGUGGAAGAGCGGUGAUUGAUGAGCUUGAAAAGAAUUUAAAUUUGAGUUCGGUUCAUGUUGAAGCGUCUAGAAUGACACUUCAUAGGUUUGGUAACACAUCUUCGAGCUCGAUUUGGUACGAGCUUGGUUAUAUUGAGGCUAAAGGAAGGAUGAAGAAGGGUCAUAGGGUAUGGCAAAUUGCAUUUGGGUCGGGUUUUAAGUGUAAUAGUGCGGUUUGGCGAGCGUUGAGGAAUGUUAAGCCUUCACCUAAGAGUCCUUGGUUAGAGUGUAUUGAUAGGUAUCCUGUUCAAAUUACUGAUUGAUUUGAAGAAAUAGUUUUGUUUCAGUUAAAACAUGUAUCAUUGUUUACGAAAAAUUUGAAUUUAAUUCUUGCUGUUCCUCUUUUGUAGUUCUAUCAUUCUCUCGGCCUAUAUUAUACUGAAUAAUAUAUUAUUGGAACAAAGAAAGAAACAAAGGGAGAUGAACAUUCUUGUUAGUUAUUAAAACAUGUAUUGUAUUGUUUUGAAUGAGAAAGUCUUAGUAAAUAACGGUUAUUUGUGACGUUAAUAAAUCACAUGGUUAUUUGUGACAUUAAUAAAUCACCCUUAUAUGGUAGGAUGUGAUAGGGUGAAAGUUUUGUUAUUUUAAUUUAUCUUUUUUAGUUUUGUUUAU